AUGACCAUGACAUCCCCGGCCGACAACAACGCAUCCACGCCCAAACCCUACCUCCACGGCCACCAUGCCUCCGUCCUCCGCUCCCACAGCUCCCGCACCGCCCGCAACAGCUGCCCCCACCUCCUACCGCACCUGCGCCGCGGGAUGCGCGUCCUCGACGUCGGCUGCGGACCGGGCACCAUCACCACCGACCUAGCCGCCAUCGUCGCCGGCCCUUCUCCAAACUCUAACGACAACUCCGGCGGUGGGCACGUCAUCGGCGUCGACUACAGCGCCUCCGUCCUCGCGGUCGCGCGCGCCCACGCCGCCGAGCGAGCGGGCGUAAGUAGCGACGCCGUCUCGUUCCAGCAAGCCGACGCGUACGCGCUGCCGUUCGCCGACGGCGCCUUCGACGUCGUGCACGCGAACCAGGUCGUGCAGCACGUCGCGGACCCGGUGCGCGCGGUGCGCGAGAUGCGCCGCGUCGCGCGGCCCGACGGCGGGAUCGUUGCGUUGAGGGAGGGGGAUGCGCAGGUGUGGUUUUGUCCUGAGGAUGGUGAGGAUGGCGAGGGAUGCGGGCUUGGAGCCGAAUGCGGGGAGGAGGCUGUUGAGUUAUGCGCUGCAGGCGGGGUUCAGGCCGGAGGAGGUGAGUGCGGGGGUGGGGAGUGA